CUUGAAACUUCUUUAUGUAUUAUGCAUGUCAGGUUACCUUUACCGAGUUCUUGAGCUCUUUAGCAGGUGAGAGGUGGAGAGGGAACCACAGGAAAACUUGCGAGCACCUCGAAAGGACAGCAAAUAGUGGACUUGACUAUGGAGCUGAUGGGUUCCACACUCACCUCAACUUAUACACGGCCGAAAACCAGUCACUUCCUUCCAGCCAUUUCCAACAUGGCCACGAGCUACCAGAACUCCCAACCUGCCACGACGAUGAAUGCCAUAGCAAACCAGUGGAGGAACAACAGCUACUACAAGAGCAACAUGCUGGUCCCAAUACAGCCAUCGAUGCAGCGAAACGGUCUAGAUCUGGUGCGCGCCAAUACCAUGUUCUACCCCUCCAACAGGAGUGUCCUGGGAACACGCUUCACCCCGGACGACUGGUAUAAGUCAAACCAAAGCAACUACCGGGAAUCAGAGUCGUCGAGGAAUAGCGCAGAAAGGUUGAGGAGGGACACCAUCAGGCUGAUGCAGGAUAAGGAUCAGCUGACCAGGAGGACACAAGAGAACACUAGCAAAAACAUUGGCGAGCGGCUAAACGACAUUGUCUUUUGGAGAUCGGAGCUGAGCCAUGAGAUUGACAACAUGGUGACAGAGAUAGCAGCCCUCAGUGAAGUAAAGAGGCGGCUGGAGAGGGCUUUGGCUGAGACAGAAGGUCCCCUACAGGUGUCUCAAGAGUGUUUGUACCACAGAGAGAAGCGGAUGUCCAUCGAUUUGGUUCAUGACGAUGUGGAGAAAGACCUUAUCAAGGAAGUGGAAGUCAUAAAAUCAUGUCAAGAGCGAAUGAGGCGGUACUUGGAUCGGGCUGUCGCGCAACUAGCGUCAAACCGAGCAGCCCAGCAUGAACUGGAAAGAGACUUGAGUGACAAAGUGACCGCUCAGAGGAUAGAUGACCGGUGCCAUCACCUGAGAAACACUUCGGAUGGUAUUGGCUAUUAUAGAGGGAUUGACAGGCUGGACCCUACUGUAUCUUUGCCAGACUCGUGGUCCAAGUUCACUGAUGACAACAUCCUGCUCUCCCAGAGCCAACGGGCUUCUUCCCACAAACUGAGGGACGAGAUUGAGAUCUUGCUGAACACCACCUCCAAUGAGAUGUGGAACCAGUUCAACAAUGUCAAUGUGGCUUUCACCAAUCGCAUAUCGGAAACUGGCGAUGCUAAAAACAGCCUGCAAAGCCACCUGGCAAAGACGCUACAAGAGAUCUUCCAGACCGAGAUGCUGAUUGAGUCUGUGAAGAAGGCGCUGAGAGACAAGGAGGGUCCGCUGAAAGUGGCUCAAACGCGACUCGAGGAAAGAACCCGCCGGCCAAAUAUUGAGCUUUGCAGAGACAACCCAUUCCACAGACUGGUGGGUGAGGUGAGAGAGAUCGAGGACACCAUCAUCAAACUUCAGGAGCGCCUGAUGGAAGCUGAGAGCACUCUUCAAACCCUGGUUAAGACCAAGGUCACUCUGGAGCAUGACCUGUCCGUCAAGGCCAACUCACUCUUCCUGGACCAGGAAAAGUGUAUGAGCAUUCGCAAGACUUUUCCCAGCAUGCCCCGACUCGUGGGCUACACUUGAUGAUUCUGAAUAUUUCCAGUUGUUUCUGUUGUGUCUGACGUUGGUUGAUGUUGUAAUUGACUUGUUAUUGAAUUGAAG